AUGGAUGUUGAAACUGUUAAAUGUCACCUUUAUCAAUCUGGAUUUAUUGAGAACUAUUUUAUUUGGAAGCAUCAAGGGAAAAGAGAUGAUAUAAGUGAGACUUCUUAUGGUAAUGCAUUGCAUGGUGGUGGUCAACCAAUAUUCAAAGAGAAUCCAUACCGACAAAUGAUUUUGGAUGCAACUAGUCCCAACUUUUCUCAGGGUUCAAGCUGGCAAUCUUAUAGAAAUAGUGAACCCGAGUCAUCUCAUCCUUUUCAACAUUUAAUGGAGGAAUAUCCUAAUCCCGUUUCCAAAAAAUUUUAUGAUUUGUUAGAUACUGCUGAUGCAGAAUUAUAUCCCGGUUCAUCCCUCUCUCAACUUACAGUUGUCUCUCGAAUGUUGAAUAUUAAAAUGGAGAACAAUAUGUCACAGAGAGGCUAUAACCAAAUGAUGCAAUUGCUUAAGGAGUCUUUACCUGAAGAUAAAAUCGUGCUUGAUAACUAUUAUCAGACGAAGAACAAGCCAAGGUAUAAGCGUUGUGUUGGCUCUCGUAAGAGGAAAUUGGUCCCUUUCAAGAGAAUGUAUUAUUUUCCUUUGACUCCGAGAUUGCAAAGAUUAUAUGCAUCUCAUGCUAUAGCUGCUAACAUGAGAUGGCAUCAUGAGCAUAAAAAAAAGGAUGGUGUGAUGCUCCAUCCAUCAGAUUCUAAGGCUUGGAAGCACUUCAAUGAAAGUCAUCUCUUUUUUGCCGCUGAACUAAGAAAUGUCAGGUUGGGGUUAUGUACAGAUAGUUUUCAAUCAUUCAGUCAGUCUAGAAGAAAAUAUUCUUCGUGGCCAGUGAUUGUUACUCCAUACAAUUUACCUCCAGGAAUGUGCAUAAAAGAGGCUUAUAUGUUCUUAACUAUCAUUGUUCCAGGUCCCAGCAAUCCUAAACAUAAAAUUGAUGUUUAUCUGCAACCCCUAAUUAAGGAGUUGACCUUGUUGUGGGAGACGGGUGUGGAAGCAUUUGACAUCUCAAAAAGGCAAAACUUUCAAUUAAGGGCAGCUUUGAUGUGGACAAUUAGUGACUUUCCUGCAUAUUCUAUGUUAUCGAGAUGGAGUACUGCAGGUAAAUUAGCAUGUCCUUAUUGUAUGGAGGAAACACAAUCUUUUAGAUUGCAGCAUGGAAGAAAACAAUCCUGGUUUGAUUGCCACAGAAUGUUCCGUGACCAGCACCACCCAUUUAGGAGAGUUUGA